AUGAGCUCAGCAGGCCUGGGCCUCCUGGGGCUUGCUCUCAGGUUUAUGGCCGCUAUUGCUAAGCCAGAGGAGGGCAGCGUUUGCUCUAAGAGCCAAGUGGCUUUCAGAGACUCUUGCUAUGAAUUUGUGCCUUUGGGCCGCUCCUUCUGUGAUGCCCAGAACUGGUGUGAGAGGUGAGUAGGCCAUUUGGUCUUCAUCCGUGAUGAAGGCACCCAGCGGUUUCUACAAAAGCACAUCUCUCAAGACAGGGAAUGGUGGAUCGGGCUCACAGGGAACUCGGCUCCGAACGGAACCACAGAAGGGCCAGGGAUCUGGCUGGACACCUCCCACGUGAACUACAGCCACUGGCACGCAGCGCAGGCCUCCCCUGCUCCCCACACCUGCGGCUACAUCGGAAGAGGCCCUUCUUCCCGGUGGGCUGCCUCAGACGACUGCACACAGUCGUUCGCCUUCGUCUGCGAGUUCGGUGUUGGCGAGAGUCUGGCCUGUGAGGGCCUCAAUGCCAUCAUGCACUGUGGCUCAGGGGAGGUCAUCCAGAUCCAGGAUGCCUUCUACGGGCGCCGGACUCCCCAUUAUUGCUCCCAGGAGGCUGGGCACCCCUUGGACCUGGAGGAGGAAUGCAGCUGGCUCAGCGUCAAGGACGAGGUGGCAGGACAGUGCCAGGGGCUGCAGGCAUGCCAAGUGACGGCAAAUGGGACCUUCUUUGGAGAUCUGUGCCCCACCCAGGGCAGCUACCUGUGGGUGCAGUACGAGUGUCGAGAAGGCCUGCAGCUGACGGUGUCCAAUGACAGUUUCACCUUUCACAAUGUCACCAUCUCCCUGACGUGGCUCCUCUCUCCUUACACCGGAAAUCUGUCCUGUAUAGUUAGUACCGGGGAUGGCCACACAUUUGAUCCUUACUACCCUCAUAGUUUGUCCAGCAACUUGACUUACCAGUUCACAACACCUGGGAAAUUCACGAUGCUUGCUGAGUGCACAACUAGUGAGUGGCAUGUGACGGCUCAGAAGCAAGUGACAAUUCGAGACAAGAGGGAGACACUCAGUGUGACUGGGUGUUCUGGCCUGUCCAGGUCAGGAGCCAGCCCUCUCUGCCAGGCUGUCUUUGGGGACCCUAUGUGGAUUCAGGUGGAGUUUGAUGGAAAAACAGGGGUGACUUACACUGUGCUGUCAGAUAACACCACCCUGGCUGAGUCCACUGCACAGAGGGGCCUGCUCCCCUACAAUCUGACCCUAGACAGAGGAGCCCAGCAACGGAUGGGCUCAGGGGUGCACCACCUGGAGAUCCAAGCCACCAGCAACACCACCAUCUCUGCACCUUCCACACACGUCACAGUCUACUUCCUGGAGCCUCUGUCAGGGCUGAGGGCCUCCUGGGCUUCUGAUCGCUUGGAGCUUGGACAGGACCUACUGGUCAACGUCUCAGUGGCUCAUGGCAUCCCAGAAGAGUUGACCUUUGAGGUAACAGGACUCAAUGCGUCCUUUUCCCAUAAGGAAGAUAGCCUUGGACAGCCAUCUGGGAUUUACCAUGUGACAGUUCCUCUUGAAGGCACCUUUCGGGUCACCAUGCUGGUGAGGAAUGCCUUCUCAAACUUGAGUUUGGACAUUGGAAGCAUCACUGUUGCAGCUCGUUCUGGUCUCCAAGAACCAUCCGGAACAAGUGCUGAGGAAAAGAACAGGGAUAGAGGGGAUGUGGAGGUAUACGUGGAACCUGGUCAGUACGUGGAUCCUUUCACGACAGUGACUCUGGCCUGGACGGAUGGUGACGAGGAUUUACGCUUCCCGUGGUCAUGUGGCUGUUGCUGGGCUCAGUGGAGCGACUGUGUUGAGAGGAAGCUGCUCCACAAAGACCAGAGAGAGUUGGUGGUUCUGCCAUCCUGCCUGCCACCGCCUGGUUCUGCAGUCACCCUGUACCUGGCCGUCUGGAGGGGCCAGGAGCUGGAGAACCAGGAAGAGCAGUGCCUCUAUGUGUCCGCCCCCCUGGAACUCAGGCCUCAAGUCAACUGUGAGAGGAACUGUGGGCCAGUGAAUGCCAGCGAAGACGUUAUGCUGAGGGUCACCAUGGGUGACGAAGCCCCAGUGGCCACGUUCAGCUGGUAUUUAGAUGUCACCCCUCUAGAGAAGACCCAGCCCCUCCCAGCAGCCUGUAGACUCCGAGGGUUUCGGCCUCGGCCUCGUUCUUUAAUCCUCCUUCAGAGCAAUGCCUCCACACUGCUGCUGAACAGCUCCCUCCUGCAGGCCUGGGGCCAGGCUUUCCAAAUCAGAGUCACAGCAGUGACCAGGCAUGCCUACGGGGAGGACACCUAUGUUAUCAGCGCUCUGCCUCCCCCCGAGGUGCCCACCUGCACCAUUACCCUGGAGGAGGGCACCGUUCUAACAAGCUUCUCCAUCUUCUGCAAUGCCUCCGCUGCCCUCGGCCCCCUGGAGUACUGCUUCUGUCUGGAAUCAGGUUCCUGUCUACACUGUGGCCCUGAGCCUGCCCUCCCAUUAGUUUAUCUGCCACUUGGAAAAGAAAACAACGACUUUGUGCUGACAGUGGUCAUUUCUGUUUCCAAUCAUGCAGGGGACAGGCGGCACACCCGUGCAGCAGUUAAGGUGGGACUUGGAGACACUCGUGUUGAGGAUGGGGCAUUCCAGGCUGCAGUGUCAGAGAACAUUACUGCUGCUCUACAAGGGGAGCAGGGCCCAGAGCGGCUCUUCCAGCUGGCCAGGUCUGUGUCCUCCAUGCUGGACCAGGAGUGCCAGGGGCUGGGACCCAGACGGCUACAAAGAACGGGCGCCAGACAGAAGAUCAGAGAACUUGUGCUAGGGUCACUGUCUGCAGUCACUACCACCCUGGGGGACAUGCAGAGGGUGCAGGAGCUGGCCACGGUGCUGAGAGAGGUGACCCAUCACAGUGAGGAGCUCACGCCCUUGGCCCAGUGGGAGGCCAGCUGGUCUCUGCAGCAUGCCAGUGAGGCCCUGUUGGCAGUGAGUGCCAAGGCCCACCAUGAGGACCAGAGGCGCCAGGCAGCCACCAGGGACCUCUUUCAGGCUGUGGGCAGCAUGCUAGAAGCUUCCCUGAGGGACAGACUCGAAGAGCCUUCGGAGGCCAAUGGCAGCCAGGUGGCCACAGUGCCCCAGCUGCUCAGGGUUGUGGAGCAUGUACAGUCUGCCCUCCUGCUGGGGACACUGCCCAGGGGCCUUCCAGCCACACUGGCCACACCCUCCAUCUCUGUGUACACAAACAGAAUUCAGCCCCAGAGUUUGCAAGGCUCCUCUGUGCACGUUGCUGCUGCCGGCUCUGCGACCUUCACCCUGCCUGCUGCCUCCUCCCUUGGCUCCUUGGAGGAUGCUCGGGAGCCUGUGGACAUAAGGAUGACGAGUUUCCCAAAGAGCCCUUUCCCAGCCCGAAGGCACUUUGACGUCAGUGGAACUGUCGGCGGCCUCUCUCUGACCAGCCCUAGUGGACAGCUCAUGCCCAUGCAGAAUCUGUCGGAGAACGUUGAGAUCCUGCUGCCCCGGCUUCCAGAAGGAUGCAGCAAGCCAACUGUGUUGAAUCUGACCAGGCCUGAAGCUCUGUGGGUGAACCUGACUUCAGUGGGUGCAGCUUUGGGGAUCCAGCUGCACUGGAGACCUGAUAUCCCACUCACACUCAGCCUGGGCUAUGGCUACCGCCCAAACGAGACCAGCUACGAUGCCAAAGCUCACCUUCCACCAAUGGCUGCUCCAGAUGGGCUGUCCACAUGGAUCCUGAGCCCAGAGGACCUGCAUUUCAGAGAAGGUGUCUACUAUCUGACUGUGAUCCCCGAGUCUGACCUGGAGCUGACCCCUGGCAGAGACCUCACAGUUGGCAUCACCACCUUCCUUUCCCACUGUGUGUUUUGGGAUGAGGUCCAGAGGACUUGGGACAACUCUGGGUGCCAGGUGGGGCCACGGACCACCCUGUCCCAGACACACUGCCUCUGCAACCACCUGACCUUCUUUGGAAGCACAUUCUUGGUGAUGCCCAAUGCCAUAGAUGUCCGUCAGACCAGGGAGCUCUUUGCCACCUUCGAGGACAACCCCGUGGUCGUGACCACCGUGGGCUGUCUCUGCGUGGCCUCCGUGCUGGUGGUGAUCUGGGCAAGGAGGAAGGAUGCUCAGGAUCAGGCCAAGGUGAAAGUCACAGUGCUAGAAGACAAUGAUCCCUUUGCCCAGUACCACUACCUGGUGACAGUCUACACUGGACACCGCAGAGGGGCAGCUACUUCCUCAAAGGUGACUAUCACCCUAUAUGGUCUGGAUGGAGAGAGUGAGCCCCACCACCUGUCAGACUCUGAUAUCCCAGUUUUUGAACGUGGAGGAGUGGAUGUCUUCUUACUCUCCACCCUGUUCCCUCUGGGAGAACUGAGGAGCCUGCGGCUGUGGCAUGACAACUCAAGGGACCAGCCAUCCCGGUAUGUAAGCUGCGUGCUGGUGCAUGACCUAGUAAUGGACCAGAAGUGGUAUUCCCUCUGCAACUCAUGGCUAUCCAUCGAUGUUGGAGACUGCCUUGACAAAGUAUUUCCAGUGGCCACAGAGCAGGACAGGAAACAAUUCAGACACCUGUUUUUCAUGAAGACCUCCAUGGGCUUCCAGGACGGACACAUUUGGUAUUCUGUCUUCAGCUGCUCGGCCUGGAGCAACUUCACCCGCGUCCAGAGGGUGUCCUGCUGCUUCUCCCUGCUCCUUUGCACCAUGCUGACCAGCAUCAUGUUCUGGGGGGUCCCCAAGGACCCAGCUGAGCAAAAAAUGGACUUGGGUAAAAUUGAAUUCACUUGGCAGGAAGUGGUGAUUGGACUGGAGAGCUCUCUCCUCAUGUUCCCCAUCAACCUCCUGAUCGUUCAGGUCUUUUGAAACACCCGUCCUUGGGUCACUAAGAAGCAGAACACUGGGAAAUGGGACAGGGGGUCUCUCAGCCCAGCUCCCUCACCACAGCCCAUGGAGAAUGGCCUUCUGACACCUGAAGCAGUGACCAAAGAUAUGUGGAGACUUGUCAGAUCCCUGUUUAAAGCUCUAAAGGUGCCAUCCCCUGCCUUGGGCUGGGACUUGAUGGACAUCAACCAACUUCUGGCCUUGCUGGAAGAUGUCAUCUGUCUGCAGAAUGUGGCAGGGCAGACAUUCUGGGAAGAAGCCAAAGAGAGAGAGGACCCAUUAACAUUCACUCCGGGGUCAGUAGAAGUGAAAAAAAAAACGCAAUGCCUGACGCGUGAGGUGGGCCAAAGUGACCCUUGGAAGAACAGUGUGUACAGGCAGUGUCUCUACUUUCAACUGGAGCAUGUGGAACAAGAGCUGCGGCUGGUGGGUCCUGGGGGCUUCCCCCAUUGCCAGAGCCAGGCCCGGGCCCUCAGGCAGCUGCAGACCCUGAAGCGCUCCCUAAGGGGGAUCAAACCUGCAACUUGGUCCCCUUUCCAUUACAGCUCCCUGAGAGCAAGCAAGCCCCCUCGGGGCCUUCCCUGGUGGUGUGUCCUGGUGGGCUGGCUCCUGGUGGCAGCUACCAGCGGUGUGGCAGCCUUCUUCACCAUACUAUACGGCCUGCACUAUGGACGGACCAGCUCUCUCAAGUGGCUCAUCUCCAUGGCCAUCUCCUUUGUGGAGAGUGUGUUUGUCACCCAGCCUCUGAAGGUGCUGGGGUUUGCUGCUUUCUUUGCACUGGUCUUAAAGAGCAUGGAGGAUGAAGAGGAGUUUAUGGCCCCUCUCCUGGGACAUCUGUCCAGCCCAGACCCCUCUUCCUUGUUCUGAGAACGGAGAGACAGCAAAAAGGAUGUCUACCAGCCACCUCUGGCCACCAACAUUGAAAAGAUGAAAACCACUCACCUCAAGGAACAGAAAGCUUUUGCCCUAAUCAGAGAAAUCUCGGUGUACCUGGGCUUCCUGUGGAUGCUGCUGCUGGUGGCCUAUGGGCAGAGGGACCCCAGUGCCUACCACCUCAACAGACACCUCAAGCACAGCUUCACUCAAGGCUUUUCGGCUGUCCUGGGCUUCCAGGAGUUCUUUAUGUGGGCCAACACCACACUUGUGAGAAACCUGUACAGUUAUCACCCAGGCUUCAUCACUGAUGGGAACUCCAAACUGGUUGGCAGUGCCCAGAUUCGUCAAGUGAGAGUCCGAGAAAACUCUUGCCCUCUUGCCACAUGGUUGCAAACUUCUCUCGAUGGGUGCCACGCACCGUAUUCCCUAGAUGUUGAAGACUUGUCAGACUAUGGGGAAGGCUGGAAUACUAGAGCCAGUGCAGUGGCCCCAAAGCCCUGGGAGAAGUUUCAACAGGAAGCCCUGGCCUCCUCCCUGGAGCUAGGGCAGAAAUGCCCUAAAUGCUCUUCUUCCCACAGAAUUCUCCAGUAUCUCUUUGACAACACCUGGCUGGACCGCCUGACCAGAGCCGUGUUUGUGGAGUUUACUGUCUACAACGCCACCGUCAACCUGUUCUGCAUCAUCACUCUGACCCUAGAGACCAGUGCCCUGGGAACCUUUUUUGCACACUCGGACCUGCAGAGCCUGUGCCUGUAUCCCUUCGCUGACAGCUGGCACCCCUUUGUGGUGACGGCAGAGGUCAUCUACUUCCUGUUCCUCCUCUACUACAUGAUUGUGCAGGGCAAGCUCAUGAGAAAGCAGAAGUGGCACUAUUUCCACAGCAAAUGGAACCUUCUGGACCUGGCCAUCAUCCUGGCCAGCUGGAGUGCCCUGGUGGUGUUUGUGAAGAGGGCCAUCCUAGCGGAGUGAGACAUACAACGGUACUGGAAGCACGAGGAGGGGAUCAGUUUCAGUGAGACAGCAGCCGCCGAUGCUGCCCUUGGUUACAUCAUUGCCUUCUUGGUACUGCUCUCCACGGUGAAACUCUGGCAUCUGCUCAGGUUGAACCCCCAGAUGAACAUGAUCACGUCAGCUCUGCGCCGUGCCUGGGGGGACAUUUCGGGCUUUGCCAUCAUCAUCCUUAUCAUGCUCCUGGCUUACUCCAUUGCGUCAAACUUAAUAUUUGGUUGGAAACUCCGUUCCUACAAAACCCUCUUUGAUGCGGCAGAAACGAUGAUCAGCCUUCAGCUAGGAAUCUUCAACUACGAGGAGGUCCUGGACUAUAGCCCAGUGCUCGGCUCCCUUCUAAUUGGGUCCUGCAUUGUUUUCAUGACAUUUGUUGUGCUGAAUCUAUUUAUCUCUGUCAUCUUGGUGGCCUUUAGUGAAGAGCAAAAAUACUAUCAGCUGUCGGAGGAAGGAGAGAUUGUUGAUUUGCUGCUGGUGAAAAUACUCAGUUUCCUGGGCAUUAAAUGUAAAAGACAGGAGCCUGGAAGCUGCAGCGAGCAGCCUGAGUUGCUGUUAGAAGCCCAGCCCCCUCUAUCUGCACCAGCUGCGCUCCAGGUUUAA